AUGGCUCCUUCCUUCACAGUAACUUCACGUUUUCAUGAAUCCUUCACCCGAAGUGCACUUCGCUCUUAUCUCGCUGAGUUUAUCUCAACUUUCUUCUAUGUCCUUAUCGUUGUUGCUUCUGGAAUGUCCUCAAGGAAGUUGAUGCCUGAUGCUUCACUGAACCCAACAAGUUUGGUCGUGGGUGCUAUUGCAAAUGCGUUUGCUCUCUCCUCAGUUUUGUACAAUGCAUGGGACAUCUCAGGUGGACAUGUAAAUCCUGCUGUAACAUUUGCAAUGGCUGUUGGAGGCCAUAUUAGUGUCCCAACUGCUCUCUUUUAUUGGGUUGCUCAACUUAUUGCAUCUGUUAUUGCUUGCCUUUUCCUCAAAGUCAUUGUUGUUGGAAUGCAUGUACCAACAUAUGUAAUUGCAGAAGAGAUGACAGGAUUUGGAGCAUCAAUAUUAGAGGGUAUCCUAACAUUUGUGUUAGUGUACACAAUAUAUGCUGCAAGGGACACUAGGCGUGGUCAAGUUGGUUCGACAGGAACACUUGUAAUUGGGUUAAUAGCAGGAGCAGGCGUGUUAGCAGCAGGACCAUUCUCUGGUGGAUCCAUGAACCCUGCAUGUGCUUUUGGCUCUGCUUCCAUUGCUGGAACUUUCAGAAAUCAAGCUGUAUAUUGGGUUGGACCCUUGGUUGGUGCUGCUGUUGCGGGUCUUCUUUAUGACAAUGUGUUGUUCCCUUCUCAGGAUUCAGAUUCAAUUAGAGGAGGGGUUUCAAAUGUGUAA